UGGGCGGGGCGUUGAUGCAGGUGGGCGGGGCGUUGGGGCCGGCCGGGCCGGGCCAUGGCGCUGCUGCUGGAGCACGAGUUCCGGCCGCUGCCGCCCGACGGGCAGGUGGAGACGCUGCCCUUCCUGGAGGCCGUGGCGCACCUGCCGCCCUUCUUCGACUGCCUCGGGACGCCCAUCGUCUACUCGCCCGUCAAGGCUGACCUGGCUGGAAACAUCAAGAAGAUCCGGGCCGUUUACGACUCCGACCCUGCCAAGUUCAAGACGCUGCAGGACAUCCUGCGGGUGGAGAAGGAGAUGCACGGCUCGGCCUGGCCAAAGACGGGCGCCACGCUGGCGCUGAUGUGGUUGAAGAGGGGCCUGAAGUUCAUGCUGGUGCUGCUGCAGAGCAUCUCCGACGGUGAGCGGGAUGAGGAGCACCCGAACCUCAUCCGGGUGAACGCCCUGAAGGCUUACGAGGUCGCGCUGAAGAAGUACCACGGCUGGAUGCUGCAGAAGCUCUUCAUGGGCUCGGUCUACGCGCUCCCAUACAAGUCGGAUCUGCUGAAGGCUUUGGAGAAGGGCAAAGAAGUCAAGGAGGAGGAGAGCAUCGAGAAGAUCCAUCAGUUUGUCUCCAGGGUCACCCCCAUCCUGGACGCCAUCUAUGAGAUGUACGCCAAGAUGAACGCCGAGCUCAGCUACAAAGCCUGACGCUGGCACGGGCCGGGGGCUGCUCCCGGCUGCCGGCCGGCUUCGAUUCUGCAUCUCCAGCAGCUAGCCUAUUUUCUAAACAAAUUAAUUAAUUUUCUAUCGAGAAUCUGGCAAUAAACCAGGGCUACCCUGGGCUGUCUCAGGAUUUCCCGAGCUUUUGUACUAA